AUGUGGACAACAACAUCUGGCCUUCGGGGCAGGAAGCUCCGUCUUGCCAUCACUUUGACUUCGGUCAUCGGUUUCUCUCUGUUCGGUUAUGACCAGGGUCUGAUGUCUGGUAUCAUCUCUGGUAACCAAUUCACCAAGGAAUUCCCCGCCCUCUACAUUCCUCCCAGUGAUUCCCCCGAUUACUCGGCGUCCUACUCUCAACAUGUCUCGGUCCUUCGUGGUGCGGUCACCGCCUGCUACGAACUCGGUUGUUUCUUCGGUGCCAUCUUCACGCUCUGCUUUGGUGAGCGCAUCGGCCGCACUCGCUGCUCUUCGUGGUGGGCCGUGUCGUCUCCGGUCUUGGAAACGGUAUGGACACGGCCACCAUCCCGGUCUGGCAGUCCGAGUGUUUCUCGCGCUCACAACCGUGGUUUCCUGGUCUGCUUCGAGGGUGCCAUCAUUGCCGUCGGUACUCUGAUUGCCUACUGGAUCGACUUCGGUCUGUCGUACGUCGAGAGCUCCGUGCAAUGGCGAUUCCCCGUGGCCUUCCAGAUCAUCUUCGCCAUCCUCGUCAGUGUGGGUGCGUUCAUGCUGCCCGAGUCGCCUCGUUGGUUCGUCAUGCAGGGCAAGGACCAGGAAGCCCUGCAGGUCCUGGCCGCACUCAACGAUAGCUCGCCCGAUGCCGAGGAUGUGCUCACCGACUUCAACCUCAUGAAGGCGGACUUCAAUGCCGAGAACGGUGCCAAGGCCAACUGGAAGACCCUCUUCACCUUCGGCAAGACCCAGGAAUUCCAGCGCAUGAUGAUCUGUUGCUCUGGCCAGUUCUUCCAGCAGUUCACCGGUUGCAACGCCGCCAUCUACUACUCCACCUUGCUGUUCGAGCAGAACCUCAACAUGGAGCAUCGUCUGUCUCUGAUCCUGGGUGGUGUCUUUGCCACUGUCUACGCCCUGGCCACGAUCCCCUCCUUCUUCAUGAUUGAGCGUGUUGGCCGUCGUAAGCUCUUCCUCAUCGGUUUCGCCGGUCAGGGUCUGUCCUUUGUCAUCACCAUGGGUUGCUUGAUCGCCGGUGGCACGGGUCCCACCAAGGGUGCCGUCGUCGGUAUCUUCCUCUUCAUCUGCUUCUUCGCCUUCACCACGCUGCCCCUGCCCUGGAUCUACCCUCCCGAGAUCAACCCUCUCCGCACCCGUACCAUGGCUGCCGCCGCCUCCACCUGUACCAACUGGAUCACCAACUUUGCGGUUGUCAUGUUCACUCCCGUCUUCUCCGACGCGUCCCCUUGGGGUAUCUACCUCUUCUUCGCCCUGGUCAACUUCAUCGGCCUUCCCUUUGCGUGGUUCUACUACCCCGAGACUGCCGGUCGUGACCUUGAGGAGGUGGAUCUCAUCUUCGCCAAGGCCCACAUCGAGAAGAAGUGGCCCUACCAGAUCGCCAACUCCAUGCCCAAGCUCUCCGCCGAGGAGAUUGCCGCGAUGCUACGCGAGGUGGGUCUGGACCACUCGGACCCCCGUCACUCGUCCGAGCACGAGAAGGCAGAGAUGGCCAUGUCCAGUGGUAACUCGGACAACGAGCAUGCUUCCAACGAGAAGAACUAG